AUGUUUUCGAACGGUCGUAUUUCGUGCAGUGACUUCUUUGGAGUACAGCAAAAUAUGGAUAACUCUGCGUAUGUGCCGAAUCAUCUACCGCCGCCGUCCCUGGUCGUGUUUUCACAGGCCGGGGGGCUGCCAGAGGCUCUGAGAAUGCAAAGACCCUUCAAUCCACAAGUGACUGAUUCGAAGGAUCUCCAAGUGCCAUUCAGCACGGCGGCUUCUCUCGGCUACGGUCUUCAUCAUAUGCUCCACUUGCCGCCACAAUUUUUGCACCCUUUGGAUCAUCGUUUACCGUUCGGCGGGUUCAGGCCCCUCGGCCCGUCUGCCUUCGCUCCGCCGAGCAAGUGCUUGAAAGUAGAGACCGGAAACGGGCCGGUAACCAGCUCCGGAUUACCAAGCAUCGGUUCCCUCUCGAGCAUGUCAAAUAUGUUCUCCCCGUCGUCGCUUUCUUCCGCAAGCGGAGGUGCUGUUGUGUCCGUUUCUGGCGCUGCGGCUAGUAUCGGAGGCGUCGGAGGAGGCGCGAGCGCCGCGACGGCACAGGAAGUCGCACCUCAGAGCCCCGCUGGCUCUACCAGCCGAUCGCCGACUGGGACCGGAACCGGCUCGGUCCCAAAUCGCGGUACCACACCGGAGGACGAAGAUCGGGAUGCGAACGCCACGCCUGGCUCUGAGAACACCGAGCGAUCCACGCCUGAGGAGGGACGACCUUAUCGACUGGGGCCUGUGUUCGGGGGCCGAUGCGGCGCGGAGGCGCUCGGGCUGGGGUUAGGGCUGUCACUGGGCCCGGCCUACAGGUUCGCUCUGCCCCCGGGACUCGCUGCCAAGACCACCCGCUGCCUUGUAUUCGACCAAGGUAGGCCUACCAGCCAUCUUCAUUACCGCUAG